AUGUUCAACAAUUAUCCUAAUAAGUUCAGGGGAGUAACGUUUCUUAAAGGAGUAGCGUUAACUUAAAAGAUAACAUACUAGAGAAGAGGUUAUUGUCACAUGUGACUAGCCGGUUCCAUUAUUUUUUUAGCACUUUGAACAUAUAAAAAUUGAAAAAUUAUAAUUCAAGAAUAAAAAAAGGAAUUUCGAGUGUUCUGGGGCGGAGCGUCACGGUCGAAAGAAACAAAAAUAAUUGUGUUUUGCGGGCUUGGCCUUUUUGAGAUUCACGGCCGUGCGCUUCAAUUGCAGCUUUCGACCUUUUUUCCUUUUUUUUCACUCGGUCAAUAAUUCUAUAUUUUCUAUUAAGACUAGUUUUUACAGGGUCAGAAGGAUGUGGAUUUUCGGCUAUGGUUCUUUAAUGUGGUACCAAGAUUUUUCCUUAUGAGCGGGUGUGCGGGUUUUUUUCGUUUCAAAAAGCGUUUUUCUGUAAAUAAAAAAAUGUUCCAAAAAUAUAUGAUUUUAAUUGAUUAAUGUUAAAGAAUUUUCUUACAAGUAUAAGAUUUUUUUAAUUGAUUGAUGCUGACGAUCACUUUAACUUUUGUAAGCUUAACAUUAAUUUGCACUUUUGGAUGUAAUAUGAAAGCUUUUUGAGUCGCUCACCGGAACCGUUCGAAACUUCGCCCGCAGAUUUUGGCAGAAGAGUCCAGAUCACCGAGGAACUCCGGAAAGUGUGCGUUAAUCUUCAAACUUCUUGUUUCUCUCAUUUUUGCAAGGACUUUUUUUCACUAACACACACGAAUCGGGCAGGGGUAUCGCGAUAGGGUCAGUAGUCUAUUAAAACUUCUGAAGUCUAACGAGGGUACCACGGUUAUACCAUGCAAUUAUAGAAAAAUGCGAUAGACUUGCGGUAUACCACUCAGCUAUACCGGUAGAGCUUCGAUAGUGCUGAAGUAUAUACCGGAGGUAUGACGAUGAACAUGUUAUUAUACCAUCCUGAUCCAUUUUGAGAUAUAUGCUUGGAAUACUUUUUUUUACCGGACUUCGAAUCGUCUAUGCAACAACUUUCUUAAUAUUUAAAAUAUGGCUCAAUUUUUCAAACGGCAUCGAAAUCGUUUCUCUUUCAAAGAACAUUAUCAAUGUCGUUCUUCGUUCAAAAUAACACCUCAAGAGAAAUUUCUUUUUAUUUUUUUACAGCCUGGCCGAACGGUGACUCUGGUACCAGAAAAAGACGCCGUCGUCUGGGGAAUAGCGUUCAAAGUUCCAGAAGAACAUGUCGUCGCCACUAAAGCUUACCUGGAUCAUCGAGAAAAAGCAGGUUACGAGGUUCAUUUGAUGCGAUACGAAUUUGAAAUUUAUCGCUAAAAGCUUUUCAGAAUGUUAGCGUUAUGUUCCAGCCAGACGAUCCAAAUAUUGAACCCUUUAAUGUUGAGGUUAAAUAUUAAUUGAGUCCUUCCGUCCUACAGUGUUUCUCAAGGUUUACAUGUCGAUAGACGCUACUAGUGAACACCAUGCAGGUCCCGCGAAUAUUGAUGAAAUCGCAAAUAUUGUGAGAAACUUAUUGGGUUUUCGGGCACCUAAUGCUAAUUUUUGAGGUAAUUCGAAGUCACGGACCUUCAGGUCCGAACAUUGAGUAUGUUUUGCGGGUUGCUUUGAUUUUAAGAGAAAAGGUAAAGUCAUAUUUUACUUAGUUCAGCCAAGGCUUUCAGGGAUCUCAUGUGCCCGACGAACACGUUUUCGCGUUGGAGAAGAGAGUUCUCGAACUGAGCAAAGAAAAUAAACUAGGAGUCGAAAUUCUUCGGAAAUUGGGGUAUUCAGAGUCAGUUUUCCUUUACGAGAAUCAAAGUUAUUAAUUUUGAUUAAUUUUUUUCUCUUUUUCAAAAGAAUUAUUUUUUUCAUAGAAUACACGAAUAAUUAUAAAGGGGAUUCCAGAAAUCGUGAUAAGAAAGAAAGUGGAAGUAAAGGAAUUGUAGCCGAAUAGGAAGGAGCAGUUCGCUCUGUGGAAAAUAUAAAUUUUAGGAUAGUGGCAUUUUUUUCAGUUUAAACCUUGAAUUGGAAGAAAAAAUUUCUUAAAAUUCUGUCAAAAGCAUAACAUUUUUCUUUUCUUAGUUUACACGCUAUUAAUAUUUUCAGCAUUAUUUUUAAUAUCAAGAAGAAAAAAUUAAGUCAGUUGUUUAUAUUAUUGGUAUUAAUAGUUGAUGCAUUUUCUGCUUUCUAUCGUUUUAAUUAAUUUCAAUAAAGUUAAAAAUCAAAAUCAAAAAAAAAUUCGCGUUCUUUUUAGCACCGGAAUGAGAAGUACCUUGCAUAAAAUUACAUCGAUAUUUAUUCAAUUUUAAAGUAUUUUAUUUGAACCGAAAAUUAUUCUUUUGAUCUUCCCAUCAGUUCUCCAUCUGAAGCUUUUCAGUUAACCUACCUCAUAAUACCCAAAAAGUAACCCUAAUCUUUUUUUUCAGAAUGGGAGAUCUUGCCGAGGCCGUCGAAAAAUGA